GAGUGAGUACAAGAAAUUCUUGAAUCCCAAAGAUCACUAUGGAGUUCAUGGAAGGAUCGGAGCCAGUGAGUCCUACUGGACAAUACUUGAACAGCUCUGUGUUAUGUGUAUCUAUUAUCACUGUUUUGGAAUCUGAAGUUCCAAUAAACGACGUCCACAUCAUAUCAUUUCUCAAGGAUGUCUUCCUCACCAUCAAUCCACGCUUCUCCUCCGUCAUGGUUACGGACGGAAAAGGUGAUAAACAAUGGAAAAGGGUUGAAGUGAAGGUUGAAGACCAUUUUAACGUCCCCAUUUUCCCUGUCGGCUUGUCACCCACAUCAUACGAUGAAUAUCUGGACAACUACUUGUCAAAGAUAGCAAUGGAUCCCUUUCCCCAAAGCAAACCACUAUGGGAACUUCACGUAUUCAAGUAUCCAACAAGCAAUGCAACUAGUAAUAUCAUAUUCAAGCUUCAUCAUUCCCUUGGUGAUGGCUACUCUCUCAUGGGUGCACUUCUUUCUUGUUUACGAAGAGCUGAUAAUCCUUCUGUUCCUCUAACAUUGCCGUCACGCCGAAACUCAGAACCAGAAAGUGACAAUAGAAGUGCUUGGACAAGAGUGCCUCCAAUCUUUCCCUUGAUCUUUAACUCUCUAUCUGAUUUCGGAUGGAGCAUGUUAAAGAGCACUUUGGUUGAAGAUGAUCAGACACCGAUAAGGUCUGGGGAUGAAGGAGUGGAGUAUCGGCCAAUCACAAUAUCAACCAUGACAUUCUCUCUUGAUCGUAUCAAACACAUGAAGGAAAAGCUUGGAUUGACAACAAAUGAUGUAAUAACUGGAAUAAUCUUCUUGGGCACCCGGCUAUGCAUGCAAGAGAUAAGCCAUGGAUCAAGUAAAGCAAAUUCCACAGCGUUAGUGUUGCUCAACACUAGGAUGAUUAGGGCAUACAAAUCAGUCAAAGAGAUGGUUGAACCUGACUCCGAGAGCCCAUGGGGGAACCGAUUCGCCUUCUUACAUGUUUCAAUACCAAAGUUUAAGGAUCCUAAAUCCUCAGACCCACUUGAGUUUGUGUGGGAAGCACACAAGAUAAUCAAGAGGAAGAGAAGCUCAUUAGGUGUUUAUCUCACCAGCAGGCUUUUGGAGAUUGUGAAGGAACUUAGAGGCCCUGAGGCGGUUGCUAGAUACAUACAUGGGACACUGAGGAACUCCAGUAUGACGGUCUCGAAUGUGAUUGGGCCAGUUCAAAAAGUGGCUUUUGUUAAUCAUCCACUUAAAGGCUUAUAUUAUAUGACAGUGGGUGUGCCUCAGAAUCUUACCUUAACAAUAGUAAAUUACAUGGGAGAGCUGAGGGUUACCGCCGGGAUAGAAAAGGGAUUCCUAGAUCCCGAAAAGUUCAAGUCAUGCAUGAAAAAUGCCUUUGAGAUGAUGCUCAAAGCUGUGGACGAACUUCCUCCACGGAAAACUUCAAUUUGAAGCUUUUGAUCUGCAUCAUGUACUUUUAUUUUAUAAUUAUCAUCACAAACAUAAGUGGUUUAAUUUUCUCUUGAAUUGUUAUUUGGUAAGCAUAAUGAAUAUUUCUAAUUCUGUUA